AAACAUCCAAAAAGCAAAGAUUUACAGUAUAACCAGAGAGAUUCCAGAAGGUGAUAACCUUGAAGUUACUUGCAGCACGUUCGGUUAUACGACAAAAAGUGUUUAUUUAUAUCUGUGUCAAAACGGGAAAGCUAUAGAAAUGAAAGGAACAUGCAAUCUCGAAAAAACAGUCUUUAGAAUAGAGCAUAUAGAAAAGAAAAUGACAGGAAAUUAUAGCUGUGUGUUCUCAGAAGAUCAUUUGAAAACAACUGAAGUGAUGGGAUAUGGCGAAAACCACAUCUUCAUAAAUGUGACCGACUCCAAGAGACUCCAGACUUUAAUUCCUGCUGAUAUACAUUUACUUGAGUCUGAAGUACAAGAGGGAAGUGAUGUUGAGUUCACCUGUACACCAUCUAAGUCUUUAAACAGAACCCAGAACAGACAGUUGAUUUUAGCAAUUUUAAUCAAAAAAGGAACAAAUAUCUCUAUAGUCAAUAUUUUGGGCCCAAAGGAGACAAUGGGAACAUUCACGCUCAAAAAAGUCGGGAAGGAUGACUCUGGAACAUACAGUUGUGUUGUUAUGUUCAACACACACUUGUAUCCUGAAAAGUGGGUCUACGGAAAUAAUGAAGUCAACCUUAACAUAACAGCUGCACCUGUGGUGUUCAGUAGCACUGGAAUACUCAUAGUGUCUUUAAUCAUAUUGUUGUUCAUCAUUCUGUUACUGGGAAUUUUGGCAAUGAUCCAAAAGCAAGGACUUCUUGGAUGCCUCAAUAAAAGAUGUUUGGAGAAGGAGGAGGAGCCUAGAGAAGUAGUCCGAGUAUGCUAUGAAGAAACAGGUGAAGCUGAAGCUGCUUGUGCAAUAGAAAGCAUCUGUCACUUCUCUGAGUGGGAUGACUUCUCUGAUACUGAGGAAGACGACCUGCAUAUUUAUCAGGAACAUCGGGAUAUUGAAGAAAACUAUGCCGUGUCUACUAAAAGGCAACAAAGCAUUGUAAAAUUCGUCUGUGAUGUGUGAAUUUCUGAGGUAGCGUUGGUUGGAUUCAGCCAUAACAUUUUUUUUUUUGAAUGGUCUGAGUAUUUGAUGAACAUAUAAUACAUGUUAAAAGCAUUCGGUUAAUAAUCUCAUUUUUGACAGAGGUGGAGUUUAGAUGCUUUUGCAUCUGAGCUCCUCAUAGAUUUAUAUGAAUAACCUGAUCUGAUGUCCUUCUUUUAGACGUGGCUCAUAAUGUAAGAUUUGCCUUCAGUGUUUGGAAAGUACAUACUAUUAAAAAUAAUAGUUUUAUUUUUGCUACUGACCCUUAUACGCUGCAGCCGAUGCAUAUUUAACCACCUUCACAGAAAAUGAUGUGUCAGGUAGGAAGUGAAACGAGAAUAGAAAUGGACCAGAAUGCAGGGUGCAAGUCCAGCAAACGUGUAUCUGCUCAAGAAAUAGGUGUAACCACAAAACACUGCAGUCAAAAUAACAUACCCCUGCUUUGUGCUUUUCACUGCAGCUUAUGAACACAAGAACAAAGAUGAACAUUUUGCGAUUAAAACCCAUAAACCCAACACCACUACAGUGUAAUUAAGCAUUCAUAUUGUUUCAGAGCUAUAUCACACAUCUCUGAGAGCAAUAUUACUUUUAUACAACAGUUCGACGGCACACGUUUGAAAAAAGAAAACUAAAAAACAACAACAGAGUGAUUUUAAAAACCUUUUUGUUAGGAAAAUACUUUCUUCCACCACGGAUUUGAAGAUCAGAAUGAAAGGUAACCCUUUCAACCCGUUUUAACAACUCAAAAGAUGGCAUAGCCGUUUCUUAAUACUGUUUCUUGGUCACAAAGUGUAGUUUUAAGAUAAGUUCAGGUGAGAAUAUAUAUGAAUAGAGAAUAGAUAUAUUCAAAUCUGCAGUCGAUUACCAAAGAUAGAGCCUAUUUGAACAUUUCCUCGGACAUGAGAUCCAGGUGCGACAAGCGGGCAUCAGUGUUUGCUCAUCUCGCUGACCACAGCCUGAUCUCGGUCAUUUAUAAUUUCCUGCUGGCUUUGAUGUAUUCGUGUUUGAUGGUCAAAAGUUAGAUUUUAUUUGUUUGGGUUGACCAGCAGUAUUUGGUCUCAUGAAUCUAUUACUUGUUGCUAUGCUACUAAAAAUAUCAGUAGUUAUAUCAGUGGUUUUAAUCAAGCGUGCUGCACAAGCCCUGAAAUGUAAGGCCAAAACGUCUCGAUCGCCCCCCAGUGACUGUUCCUAGUAUAGGUCAUAAACCCCACUUCCCCCAUGUUAUUCAAUGGGACUAACUAAACAAUUUAAUUAAACUUCAAAUAUCUUGUUUCCAAAGCGGGUGUCUGUCAUUUACUUUAGUUUUUAUCACGCUGAUGUAAAUUCAAGUGUUUUUUUUUUUUAAAUAAGUUUGUUUUUAGUUAGUUUUUAUGCUAUAAAACAGGUGGUGUGACAUCAUGAUUGACAGCUGUGAUUGACAGCUAUCUGAGCCAAGCGACGUAGUCACAUAAGCAUCAAUAGACUUUUUCUCUUUGCUUAGCCCAUUGGCAGAUUUUUUGCUUGGUUUAUGAACAAAAUCCCUUAAAUUUGAUAUUUUUGGUCUAAAAACUAGACUUAUUUUCUUGGGUCGUUUUGCUCAUUAAGAAAAAGAAUCUUACUUUUUAGAUAUUUUUACUGAAAACAAAACAAAAAUAAUAAGAUUUUUUUUUCUUGAAAAUCAUUUUUUUGCAGUGUAAUAAGCGGGAUAAUUUACAGCAGCUGGUUGUUAUUGCAAAUAAGCUUCUCCUCUUCGCGUUCAGUCCUGAUCACAUUGUCUGGGAUUAUUUCUGCAAUAACAUCCUGCUACCUAUACAUUAUCCCUUACUUAAGAUACCUUAGUUGUGAAAUUUUUAUCUAGGAUUUUAUAUUCUGUGUUGACAUGAUUGUAAAGUGUUUUACUGUAAAUAAUUGUAUUGCAUAUAGGCGGACCUAUAAAACUUAAAUUGAAUGUUGUAUUUUGAUGUAAUUUCUUUUUCUCUGUUAGACAGCUUUGUGAAAUUCUUGGAUG